AACAAACGCUUUCAGUCAACCAGACUUGCGGUUUGUUUAACUUGUGGUCCCGUGUUGAGUAAACCAUGAAAUAUACACUAUUUCUGAUCGCCUGCCUGUGCACAACAGCCGCACUUGGUGAUGACCUUUUGGUGCAGUUGCCGUUCGGGACACUGCGUGGACGCGACCGCGGAACCUAUUACACCUACGAGUCGAUCCCGUUCGCCCUGCCACCAGUUGGACCGCUGCGCUUCGAGCCGCCUCAGCCCUUUGUUGGCGAAUGGCGUGAGACCUUCGAUGCUUCAAAGCCAGCGGCGGAGUGCUUGCAGUGGAGUCAUUUCGUGACGACGCCCGAUCAGCUGACGGGCAGCGAGGACUGCCUGACCAUCAGCAUUUACAAGCCGAAGAAUGCCUCGCGCCUCAGCUUUCCGGUAGUCGCAAACAUAUUUGGCGGCGCUUGGUCGUUCGGCGGGACGGUUCAAACCGGAGCCAGGGAGUUCAUGGCGAGCGGAAAUGUGAUCGUUGCGAAGAUUAACCAUCGAGUGGGCAUUCUGGGCUUUGCGAGCACCGGCGACGCCGGCUGGUCGGGCAACUAUGCGCUUAAGGAUCAGCGUUUGGGCCUCCAGUGGAUCAAGAAAUACAUUUCCUUUUUCGGCGGAGAUCCCACAAACAUUCUGCUCCUUGGAUUUUCGUCGGGAGCUGCCUCAGCUCACUUUCAAAUGUUGCACGAGGAUAUGUCCGACAUAAAAGGAGUCUAUUCCGCGAGUGGCAACUCACUGGCGCCGUGGGCUCUACAGCCAAGUCCCCGUGAACAGACAUAUGAGCUGGGGCGGCUCUUUGGCUGUGGCACUCCCCGCAAUACAGCAGUUCUGAAAGACUGUUUGAAGGCGGUGAAUGCGGUUGAUUUAGUAAGAGCCUUUAAGCACUUCCUCAUCUUCAACUAUGUGCCCUUUGCUCCGUUCUCACCCGCCCUGGAGCCCGAAGAUGCGGUUGAUCCCUUCAUCACCAAGCCGCCCAUCGACAUCAUCAAGAGCGGCAAAUUCGCUCAAAUUCCCUGGCUAGCAGGCUAUUGCCAAGACGAGGGCAUCUACAAUGCUGCAUCACUGCUGGCCAAGAUGCCGGAAACGGGCAAGGAGAGGCUCUAUGAACUGAACUCGCGCUGGUACGAGCUGGCGCCGUACUUCUUCUCGUACCGCAACACCCUGAACAAACGAGAGAGGGACGCACGCUCCCGAAGACUUAAGCUGCAGUAUCUGGGCACUCGCAACUUCACCUUGGAAAGCUAUUACGAUGUGCAACGCAUGUUCAGCAACGAAAUGUUCAAGAAUAGCGUCGAGCUGGCAGUAGAUAUUCAGCGAACGUAUGGAAAGAGUCCAGUCUACACCUACAUCUACGACAAUCCGGCUACUCAAUCGAUUGGUGAACUCAUAGCAGGGCGCACUGAUUUAAUCCUAGGCACGGCUCACGGGGAUGAUUAUUUCCUGAUGAUGAAUAGUCCAAUACGCGAACCGCUCCGCCCCGACGAGCAACUUAUCUCCUGGAAGCUGGUUAAAAUGGUGGAAGGCUUUUUCGAAACAGGUCAGUUCGUCUAUGACAACUGCGCCUUCCAGGACAACGUGGGCAAGAAGAAGUUCGAUCUGGUAGUUAUUCAACGCACGGUAUGCAAGAACGUUCAAGCAAACAGCUUGCCCGACGCUGUCUCCGACCAUAAGCCCAAAAUUCCAAUUAUACCUACAUAAUUACAAA